AUGAUCAAGAACGGACAUCACCAAAUGAACACAACAGGGAAAGAUGCAGGGACGAACCUCGGCGCUACAGCUUGCAGUCCGGAGAAGAGAAGACGAACUAUCCGGGUGUGGUGCGACGGGUGGUGAGUGAUACAGAAUAGCAUUACAGAGACAGCUACAUAUAAGGCCUGUGUUGCUACAUUGUUGCCCUGAGCAUGUAUACGCCGACAAUUAAAGGAAUUAUUCUCAUAAACUUGAGGGGUGCCAACCGCUAUUAAACGGCCCAACUUAGGUAGGUCUAUUUCAAAGAUUGCAUAUUUUAAUGUGUGGGAAACGUAACAUAAUUUCGCCAUUUAUCUGAUGUCCAGUGAACUGUCCAUAGCCAAUGCACUUCUUAGAAAUACUGCCAUAAACAGCAGCGCAUGCUAUUUCCAUUCUAUCGGCAUCCCGCCUGUCAAAACAGAAAGGUGUUUCAAUAGGCUCAUGCCAGGUGUGUUUACCUUCCAGUCUUACUCUCAUUAAUGUCAACAUGCCAACAGGGUAUUCACUUUGCAUGUUAUUCGAGCGAUAGGGUAGGCUAUGCACGGCGACCGUAGCCUAGGCAAACUGCAUGCACGCAUGGUGUGCAUACAAGUGGAGAAGGGUGCAAUUGUGGCCGGCAAUUCGGGGUGUUCCUGCAUGUGGGCAUUCCUGCAUCUGCAGGAACCCCUCUUUAUACUUCUAUUGGUCCAUUUUUAAGUUAGGGACAAGCGGGAGGUGUGGGGUGCUCUAGUACAGUUGGUGGCGUUAAUGCACAAUAAGGUUGGAUGCCAGCCAACGAUAAACGCCACAGAAGAAGGGGUGGGGGAGACAAUGGUAGCUAGUUAGCCGUACACUGGUAGUAGACAGUGUCCUUCAGCCCUCGACGGCGAGGCCAGGUGUUGGGGCGAAGGACACUGUGUGCUAGUUUAGCCAGCUAGUCCUAAGGAGGACUCCGGUACACAGCAGGCGAGAAGCAGGGGGCGACACCGUGUGCUAGCUAACUAGCAAGCUAGCUAGCACACGAUGUGGCUAACUAUACUGAUCAAACAUGCAACAAUUUCCUCGAUUUUCCUGAGUUACAUAUAAGGAAAUCAGUCAAUUGAAAUAAAUAAAUUAGGCCCUAAUCUAUGGAUUUCACAUGACUGCCAGGGGCACAGCCAUGGGUGGGCCUGGGAUGGCAUAAGCCCACCCACUUGGGAGCCAGGCCCACCCACUCGGGAGCCAGGCCCAGCCAAUCAGAAUGAGUUUUUCCCUUCAUAAGGGCUUUAUUACAGACAUAAAUACUCCUCAGUUUCAUCAGCUGCCCGGGUGACUGAUCUCAGAUGAUCCAGCAGGUGAAGAAGCCGGAUGAGGAGGUCCUGGGCUGGCGUGGUUACACGUGGUCUGCGGUGGUGAGGCCGGUUGGACAUACUAACAAAUUCUCUAAAACCACAUUGGAGGCAUCUUAUGGUAGAGAAAUGAACAUUAAUUUCUCUGGCAACAACUCUGGUGAACAUUCCUGCAGUCAGCAUGUCAAUUGCACGCUCCCUCAAAACUUGAGACAUCUGUGGCACAUUUUAGAGUUUAAUGAUCAUGCUGUUUAAUCAGCUUCUUGAUAUGCCACACCUGUCAGGUGGGUAGAUUAUCUUGGCAAAGGACAAAUGUUCACUAACAGGGAUGUAAACCAAUUUGUGUAUAACAUUUGAGAGAAAUAAGCUUUUUGUGCGUAUGAAAAAAUUCAGGGAUCAUUUAUUUCAGCUCAUGCAACAUGGGACCAACACUUUACAUUUUUGUUCAGUAUAUCAAGCUAGCUAGUACACGGUGUCGCCCUAGCUUCCCGUCUGCUGUGCUAGCGGGAGGCGGGGACGACCGGUAGAUAGUGUCCUUCGCCCCCGCCUGCCGAGCACAUUUGUUUCUCUGGUACAUAGCAGGCGGGGCGACACUGUGUGCUAGCUAACUAGCAAGCUAGCACACGGUGUCACUAACUAGCUAGUUAACUAGCACAUGGUUUUGCCCAUUCAUGCAGGAACCAAUAGGGUGCUCGAGGGGGGGCCUUCAUGCAGGAACAAAUGGGAUGCUCAAUGGGGGGAUGUUCAUGAAGUAACCAAUGGGAUGCUUGAGGGGGGGCGGGGCGUUCCUGCAGAUGUAGGAAUGCCCAUUUGCAGGAACGCCCCGAAUUGCGGGCUGCAGGUGCACACUAUUGUACGAGUGUACAACUUAACUCUACUUCUUUUGCUGUGGAUUUCGGAUAUUUGAUCUAGAAUUACAGAUAGAUUCCUGUACACAAUGCACUGAAUACCACCUAAAUACCACAAUCCCCCAAGCAUGCAUGUCAUGGCAACAUGUAGCCUAAAGGAGAUGGCCAUGCCAAACCCAUAUAGGCUAUAUUUAAAAUAUGAGUAGGCUUGGCCUAGGCCUUUAUCAUCAAUAUUAGAAUAGCAGAAUUAAUACUAUUAUAUUCCAAAUGGAAUGAUCCCAUGUGAAAUACACCUAUACCAGGACUGAAUGAAUGUAUUGACUUAUUGAUUGCCAAUUCGGCAGUUGGUUCUGCUACCAUAACACUCACACAUACGGAGACACAAUCACCCAUUCUCAUGUGCUGAGGCAGAAAGUAAGGUAAAAGUCAGGUAACUCAAGACAGGAAAGGGGACUUCUGAGAUAAUACCCGGUGUCAACAGUUCACAUUCCUUCCAACACACUUCAGAGUACAGGGUCAGCACUCCGAAGUCUUCAACAUCUGUCCCUUUCUCCAGGAACAAGGGCGUUUGUUGCAUGCUAUAUUUCUUUGUAUGUUUGCAUUUUGUUGCACGGAAUUCAUAUUUUUCACAAAAUACAGCAUGUUACAAACAGCGCCCCAUAGGCCUGCACUAUCACUCGCUCCACCUCCCUGACACCCACUGUAUUGUACUGUAGGUGUUUAGACCACAACACCCUCCUCCUCUGUGUUGUAACCUGCUUAUGACACAAACAAGCCCGCCAUUGUUCAGUGGUCAGAGUUUGUUUCAAAAUGUAGUGGUAGUGUGUGUAAACUAAACACUGACAUUGUUGAGUGUUUCUGCCAUGAGAAACACCGUCACACAUACUCUCCCCCUGGGCCAGAGUCAGAAGCUACAGGACAUGUACCUGACCCACGUCGGGGAAGUAGGGAAAAAAACACCGCUUUGAAUUCAUGCGCGUGAAUACCAGGAUUACGGCCAGCUUUCUCUGGGAGAAUUCCAGUCAUUUUGGUGCAGCCGCCUAGCAGUGGUUUGAUGGAAUGUUGCAGAAUGUUUCGGAUUCCAGAAUAUUAAUCGGUGGGGUGAGUUCCCAAAGAGAGCCAGUGUCAACAGAGAUCAUUUCAGUAACCCCUCGGCCCACACCUGCCAUGUCCAUGAAAGUUCAUGCCCUGCGGUCUCACUCGUCUGUCCUCACUAAAUACAGUACAUUGUUUGGCCAUACAGUUCAGCAGCAUCACCAUAUUCUUGUUGACAUCUAGCACCGUCAGCAUCAGCUGUAGUAGGCCCUAGGAGUGGCACUGGACAGAUUGACUCAGGAAAUGAUUAUUAUUUUUUUGUCUGUCAGUGAGACAUUAGGCUAGAUUCUAUCAGAUCCGCCCUAGCCGACACCCGCAUAGCGGUUGUUUUGGCGGUGAUAGAAGUGGAACUGCGUUAGAGCUGUCAAACCAACAAGCGGCAUUAUACCUAAAGCGGACGUUGCCAUUGGCUGCAUGGAGUCACAUUAGGAGAAAUCCCAUGCAGCCUUGUUUACAAGUUUGAACACUGGAAUGUGAGCUGUAAUCUACACCUCUAUUAGGCUGAUAGAAAUCCUCAUUACUUUGUUUUGUGAGUGUACUUUUUAACGCGAGUGGGACAGGUGUGGCUUUGUGACAAUGAUCACACGAGCAGCCACUCUGCUUUGACAGCUCUAACGCAGUUGCACCUCCGACACCGCCAAAACAUCAGCUAUGCAGGUUAACUAGUUAACGCUUGGAUCUGAUUGAAUCUAGCCCUAAAUCUGCUAAACUAUCAAUUGUAGGAGUGUCACUUGUCAGAUUGUCUAAGAAUAAAAAAUUAAAAAAUAAAAAAAGAUCAGUGUCAGUGAGACCUUAUCUGUUCGACUAUCUAUCCGGACUAGCUAGGGUUGAAAAAGUCAGUGAACUUUUAAUAAAUUCGCUGGUUUUCCCGAAAUCCCUGUUGGAGAAUUCACGGAAUCAGGAUGGAAUAAGCAGGAAAUCCGGAAUUCAAACAGGAUCUCUGGAAAACCAGGGAAUUUAUUUUGCAACCCUAAUCCGGACACUGUCCUGCCUUUAGGGUUGAAGUUGGAGACAUUCUGUUCUUAAUUGGUUUCCAGUGACAGAAGGUAGCCAAGGUCAAAGUUAGCAACAUCAUCAACUGAGCGCUAAAGUCUACUGACACUCCUCACUCAGGCUUUCACAUAGCUGCUGCCAGGCCGGGUUGUGUUCAUUAGGCAACAAACAGAAGGAAAAAAACCUACUGAAACAGGAAGGGACUACCUGGAUGCUCAUUUUCGUUUACCGUUGCAAAAUGUUUGAAAACGUGUGUGCCCUAAUCAAGACGACCCAGAACACAGCCUAUAAAUAUGCAGUUUACAAUCUCAGUCAGGGGAGGAGUCAUUCUGAGGUGAUGUCUGUCAGUAAAUCCCCAGUAGUAAUAACCUCUGUCAGGGGAAGAGUCGUUCUGAGGUGAUGUCUGUCAGUAAAUCCCCAGUAGUAAUAAUCCUAACAGAUGUAAUGACACCAUAGAUUAUCUUUAUGAGAGAUAGCACAAGAAGCCUUUCUAGGCCUGUUUCAUGUAUCUAUGGUACAUGGUGGAUCAUGUAUAGAUAGUAUAUCCAAGCACAUUUUAAUGAUGGCAUAGAUUAUCUUUAUGAGAGAGAUAGCAUAGGAUCAAGCCUUUCUAUAUGAAGUAUUUGUGGUAAAUCCGAGAAACCAUUAGACGCAGGCAUCAAGUAAAGAUUUGACCAAUAACAAAAAUGAGAACAAAUGUUUGGGCUGUCUUGCUGGAGGGUUGCUAGCCUGGCUGAUUUGCAGACCCACGUUGUACACAGCAAGCUGUGCCCCAAUGGUCUGGAAAGCCAGUCGUUAUAAUUGUAUAUUCAAUCCGUCUCAGAGUAGGCAUAUUGAUUGGUUCUUUCAACAACAACAACAAAAAUAUAUAUCUUGGGGGUUGAGACCUCUCAUUGUUUGGAUUUGAAAACCCAACAGUUGUUAAGCAAGGGGAAGACACUUGGAGGCUCUGAGUGGCUGUCCGUGUUUGAGUGAGAGAGACACAGAGGACAACCAACCAGUAAAGGCACAGUCCCGUUCAUUAUCGACACUUGGAGGGCUCUGAAGCAUUAGGACUGGUUCAGCCAGUUCUGAAGUCAGGAGGACUGUAUCACAGACCUAGUCAUAGGACUGUACACCAACCUAAAGUCAGAGACUGGAUCAGCCAACUCGAGUAUUAGGACUGGUAUCACCAGAUUCUGAAGUCAGGAGGACUGGUAUCAGCCAGACCUGAAUCAUUAGGACUGGAUCAGCCAGACUCUGAAGUCAGGAGGACGGUAUCACCAGAUUCUGAAGUCAGGAGACUGUAUCACCAGACUCUGAAGUCAUUGGACUGGUAUCAGCCGGUCUGAUCAUUAGGACUGGUAUCAGCCAGGCUCUGAAGUCAUUGGGACUGGUAUCAGCCAGCUCUGAGUCGAGAGGACUGGUAUCCCAACUCUGAGUCAUUAGACUGGUAUCAGCCAGCUCUGAACAUUAGGACUGGUAUCGACCAGAUUCUGAAUCAGGAGGACUGGUAUCAGCCAGACUCUGAAGUCAUUAGGACUGGUAUCGCCAGACUCUAUCAGGAGGACUGGUAUCACCAGACUCUGAAGUCAGGAGGACUGGUAUCACCAGUUUAUCAGGAGACUGGUAUCAGCCAGACUCUGAGUCAUUCAGGACUGGUUAUCAGCCAAUUCUAAUCAGGAGACUUGGAUCAGCCAGACUCUGAAGUCAUUAGGACUGGUAUCAGCCAACUCUGAAUCGAGGACUGUAUCAACCAGAUUCUGAGUCAGGAGACUGGUAUCAGCCAGCUCUGAAGUCAUUAGGACUGGUUAUCAGCCAGCUCUGAAGUCAUUAGGACUGGUAUCAGCCAGUCUGAGUCAUUAGGACUGGUAUCAGCCGACUCUGAGUCAGGAGGACUGGUAUUCACCAGACCUCUGAAGUCAUUAGGCUGGUAUCAGCCAGCUCUGAAUCUUAGGACUGGUACCCAGCCAGAUUCUGAAGUCAGGAGGACUGGUAUCAGCCAGACUCUGAAGUCAUUAGGACUGGUAUCAGCCAGGCUCUGAAGUCAUUAGGACUGAUUCUGAAGUCAGGAGGACUGGUAUCAGCCAGACUCUGAAGUCAUUAGGACUGGUAUCAGCCAGACUCUGAAGUCAGGAGGACUGGUAUCAGCCAGACUCUGAAGUCAUUAGGACUGGUAUCAACCAGAUUCUGAAGUCAGGAGGACUGGUAUCAGCCAGACUAGGGGGUCUCAGCCAGUAAUGGAAAUUAGAUGGUCUUGGGACUUCUUUUGUUGGGCUUGUGCUUUUCAGUUGUCUGUCCACUGCCUCUGGUAGUGCUCUCUGCUCUGUAAUUACACUGUCACAAAACAAUUAAAGGAUCCCCUUAACGACAUGAUUGCUCCAAAAUUGAGUACAUGAUUGAUUUUAGACAUUGAUGCUCAAUCGAUCAAUUUAAACUUACAGUAAGUGCACGAACACUUAAAGAUUGUAUAUUUGGAAAAUAUGUCAGUUAAAAAAACCAUAGAGUAAGUGUACUUUGUCAUCACGUGACAUGGUGUAGACUUAAAAGGAUCUAUCUUUACAUGAUUAUAGUUAUCCUUUAUUAUUAUUUUGAUCUAUUUGAUCCUGUUUACCUUAUUAUAGUGAUUCUGUUUAUCUAUCAUUUAUCUAUUUAGUUGUGCACUCCUUUCUGUGCUAUCUCUAUACCACUAUACCAUUCCCUACUAGGACCUAGCUGGUGUUAUUGUCAAACAGCUCUGGUGCUAUUUGGGUGUCUGUCUGCUAGCUGACCUUGCCACACUACUUAAUAUUUCAUUACGGCCUGUGAUCCUCUGGUGAUUCCUCCCCUGCUUAAAAAAAACAACAGGAACAGCAUCACCCCAGGCCAGACCACCUUGCAAGCCACCUAGCGUUCCUGGGUUACACUGUCCAAGGGCAGGCAAGCAGGCAGACAGACAGACAGACAGGAAGGCAGGCAGACAGACAGACAUGGACACCAAGCCCAGGACGGCAGGGCCUCCCUCACAAGCAUAGUCUUUUAUGUAACCAUUAGUCCUUUGUCUCAGUCUCCUUACACACACACGCAGGUGCACACACACACACACACACACACUUAACUUCUGGCCUGACCAGCUACACUCAGUAGUCACAUUAUGCCCCCCAUUUAGAAUAAAGGUGUAUUCCUUUCCACAGCUCUAACAGACAGCGUGAAGGAAACUGCUAAUGCUGUUCAGUCAUCACACACAAAACAAUGUCCUUUUGGUCGCGCCACACAACGUGUUCAUUUAACAUUCGGUACCGUUGAUAACGCUUUUAAGAACAGCCACGUGGGAAAGAAAGCUGAUUAAAAAAAAGGUGAUAACAUUAAGUGCUCCAUCUUGAAAGUUCACUUAAGGGCAGUACAAAGUAGGAACAAGACAAGUCUGUGCAGUGUAUAGUGAUACGACCACAUCACACCAUGGUUCAGGCGUUCACUGUGUCAUCACUACCCUACCCCUUAGACAGGCAGGCUCCUUAGCAACAUGACAUUCUCUUACUGCUCUGGGCUGGACAUCUCUAAAGCGUGACAUCUCUAAUUUGAUGCCAUUUUAUAGCAGCGAUAGCAAGCACGUCAUGUAAAGUAGUUGUAAAUGGUUUAUGACUGCUGUUAUCCACUUUUAUGAUCUGUCAAAUUACUAGAUGUAGAAUAUAUUUAUUUAUUUAUUUUUAUUUAACCUUUAUUUAACUAGUCAGUUAAGAACAAAUUGUUAUGUACAAUAAUGGCCAUUAACCAUUAACACACAUUUUAUUGACACAAUACACUGGCGAUAAGAAUACUCCAGGUUUCAACUUUCUCUGUAAUAUUUUACUGUAGGCAAUGUGCAUGUAUGUCAAGUGCCUCUAUAACACAGGCUACAUGACUACAAAUGUGCUAUUCCAGUUCCGCUAUAACAUGCUACUGAGGAGGUUUGAUGCCAUUUCCACAUAAGGGAAGUUAUAGCCUAGGGCCCUCAAAUUCAAAUCAACUUCAACUUUCCCCCCUCCAACCAGGGACUGAUUUAGACCUGGGACUCCAGGUGGCGAAAUAAUAAUCAUGUAUAACAGAAAACCAGCAGGCUCCGGACCUCGUAGGGUGAGUGUAUAACAGAAAACCAGCAGGCUCCGGACCUCGUAGGGUGAGUGUAUAACAGAAAACCAGCAGGCUCCGGACCUCGUAGGGUGAGUGUAUAACAGAAAACCAGCAGGCUCCGGACCUCGUAGGGUGAGUGUAUAACAGAAAACCAGCAGGCUCCGGACCUCGUAGGGUGAGAUUUGAAUACCACAGCCGGGCCUAGGGAAUGGAAUGGGGAAAGUCAUAAAUCCAAAAGGUCACAGGACAACAACGUCCUGUCAUCUAUAGUACCCAUUAUGACAAGCUUUAUUGUAUCUUAUACCAUGGUUCAUAAUGUUUAUGACUGACUAUGACAGAUGGUAUAAUGUCUUAUGUAGCUGUUCUAAAGGCUUUAUGAAUCCAUACAUCAGGGGGCCUACAGUAUAGCAUUACCACUUGCUGUGCUAAUUCUCACUGUACCUGUACCUCAAACACCACUGAGUGAGUGAGGAGCCGGAACAGACACCAAACCACUGUAUGGCCUGUCAUGUCAGCAGUUUGAGUGAUAGCAGGCUAAUGCUAAUGUCCAUCUUUUAGUCAUCACCUUGCUAGAUUACCCUGUACCAACCUGAGUCCCAAUCUGGCCUAAAAUCUAAUUAGCUACAGAUGGAGUGCUCAGUGCUCAUCUCCAUGACUACUAUGGAUGUAGUAAAUCUGUUUCUCUGACUUUGUUACUUUGAUGGUCUAAAAUGUACAUUAUGGACAGGUUUCCCGGAACCAGAUCAAGCCUACUCCUAUAUUACAACACAUGCUCAGUGGGAAAGUGUUUUUUAAAUCCAGGAAUAGGCUUAAUCUGCGUUUUGGAAACUGACCAUAUGAAUUCUAAGACAUGUUUGUGACUGGUUGAAACAGUUGUUUUUUAUUGUCAUUGCAUCAUCGAAUAAUAUAACACAUGCUGGAUGUGAUAUAAAUAAUAAUAAUAAAUACAAAAAAGAUGGAUCCACAUAACAGUUACAUAAUCAGUUCUGAAGCAGCAACACCAGGGUCCUGUCCAGUAGGGAGAACAUGUUUUGUAACUGGGAGGUGAACCUUAACCUGAACCUGUCCUGAUAACAACACAUCUGUUGUAAAACAUCUUGCUACAGUGUGCCCUACUGAACAGGACCCUGGCUAGUUCUUUCCCCUGGGUUUCUGUAUUUCUCUCUAUUGGUGUGGUUGUCUAAUGUUGUUGAGGAGAGAAAGCAAGAAAGCAUUUCACAGUACCGUGUGCACGUAAUCAAUAAACUUUGAUUUGAUUUGUUGAUAGCUUCUGUGGUGAACAGUUUCUGUUGACAAUCUCCCCUCCAUUCUCCCUAGUAUUAACUGUUGCUUUGUUAUCCGUCCUCUAGCUAUGACAUGGUCCAUUAUGGUCACUCCAACCAGCUGCGGCAGGCCAAGGCCAUGGGAGAUUACCUCAUCGUUGGAGUACACACAGACGGUAAGAGCUUCAGGCCUGGGGUUCCAGUCCCAGCAUGCAACAGGGGAGCCUCCAUCACACCAGGGUUGGGGUUCUAGUCCCAGCAUGCAACAGGAGAGCCUCCAUCACACCAGUGGUUGUAUUCAUUAAGCACUGAACGUAAGAAAAUGGAUGGAAACAGGGAGGAGUUACCUGGACCAAAACCAUUAGUUACCUCAUCCAAUAAGAAUUCUUAAUUUCCGUUGUGGGCCCUAAUGAAUGUGACCCUGACCUCCAUGGAAUAACCUCCACUCUCCCAAUCCCCUCAGACUCACAGACCCAGCAUAGUGACCUCAUCCUUUCAGCCCUCAACUGCCACUACCAGUCCCCCAUUACAUCUCUCACCCCAACCAAGACCCCAACCAGACCUGACCUGCAUCACCUCAACACAGAGCCAACACCCCCCAAACACACACACACACACACACACACACACACACACCAAAGCAUCUCCCAGCCAGACCCUAUCCCUCUCCUCCUUCGCUCCCAAACCCUUCACCCUGACAUGGGGAGGUGUCUGGCUGCCAGCCUCCCACUGCUUUAAUAACGUCAUCACUACCAGGAACCAGGAUUGUGUUCAUUAGGCACCAAAUGGAAUAAAAACAGACUGAAACAAGGAUGGACUACCUGGACUUGUUCUUGUUCCUAAUGAACACCAGCCACCUGUGUGCUGUAAGAUGUUGUGGCUGUUGUGACAGUAGUAACACAGGGACCCAAACAGUGGCUGGGACACAACACAUCAGUGCCUCCCAUGGCACACUAAGGCACUCUGACACUGUGACCGACAGGCACACUGUGCGACGGGCGCCAUGUUAGUGUUUACGAUAACCCAGAACUACAUGGCUUAACUCAAACAAUAGAGCCUCACACACUGUGGUCUGUCAAGGACAAAGGAACACAUAGAUAGUAGGCUAUAACCUCUCUAUCACACAGAGAGAGAGAGAGGAGAGAGAGAGGAGAGAGAGAGAGAGGAGAGAGAGAGGCGUGAUAAUGGAUUAUCGCUGCUCCAGUGUGGAGAACGUACUGUACACUCAGUGUAAAACUAUUAUACAGUUAAUAAUGUAUCUCUACCUCCCCUGUCUCCCCCAGUUUUGAUGACUUUGCAAAAAAAUAUACACAGACUCUAAAGCCCUUGUUUGUUUUCAGACCCACCUGGAUCAUUUCUAGCCUGGACCCAGAUCGGUUUGUGCUGUCUUGCCAACUUCUAUGGCCAGGCAUGCCAAUGAGCAUAGGGGUUAACUUGGCAGACAACACAAACAGUUCUGGGAUUAUUUCACUUUAUUGAAACAAGUUCACAGUCAACCAAGUCUUGGCGGUCAUACAGUAUAUCCCUAUGUUGUACGCAUGUUUUCAUUGUUUGAGUCCAUCACACUAUCUACUGUAGCAGCCUGGUGGCCUACUCUUUUCUUUGUUCCUUGUCAUACCAAUGGUUGACAACAACAUGACAGUUGGCUACAGCGCAUGCAGUAUGGCAGGGUUUCCCAAACUCGGUCCGAGGCCCGCCCCUGGGUGCACGUUUAGUUUUUUGCCCUAGCGCUACACAGCUGAUUCAGAUAAUCAACUCAUCAUCAAGCUUUGAUUAUUUGAAUCAGCUGUGGGGGGGUCAAUUUAUGCAACCACUAAGAGCGUUGAAUUGUGAGGCUAAACUUGUCCGCUGUUUUGGUUCCGUAGCUACCGCGUUGUAGCAGUGUGAAGCACACCGGUGCACAUGCACAGAUACUCUGUGAGACUGUGUGAGAGCAAAGUCUUGCAUCGCGUUCAUCUCAAUAUCUGCGGUGCUGUUCGUUGCAACGUCUCGCUGAGUAUACUUUUAACUGAUCAAGAUGUUCAGAUCACUAUCUGUUCAUGACUCGUCUAUAGUAAACAUGGUCAUAAAAUGUGUCUCUUACCAUCAGCUGUGAAUGUCCAGACAUAUGGAUCUGAAUGUGGACCGGAAACUGACCACAGGAUGCUUGUUAAAGGGAUAGUUCACUCAACUAAUUUCAUCAUGAUCAAAAGGCAUUAUCACAGCUUUUUCUCUGUAUUGAAAGUGCUCUAUCUUGAAAACUUGACUGCUGAUAUGCACACUUUUUGGGGGAUCGUGUUAACAGUGUUCUAAUGAACAAAAUACUAAAAGAUGAACUAUCCCUUUAAUGCCAAGUGUAAACACUCUCUAAAGCUAUUAGCAUCUGGUGGUUGGUGUGCUUUGAUGAAUAUCAAUGACCAUUAGUAAUAAUACCUCCUCACCCUGUAGGUGAGAUCUCACAGCACAAGGGUCCCCCGGUCUUCACCCAGGCUGAACGAUACAAGAUGGUGCGAGCCAUCAAGUGGGUGGAUGAGAUAGUGGAGGGAGCGCCCUACGUCACCACACUGGAGACCCUGGACAAGUACUCCAGUGACUUCUGUGUGCACGGAGGUGAGUUUGCUGAGAUGUUUGAAUGGGUGGGCCGGUUCUGAAUAUUCAGUUCAUCUUUAUUUAACCAGGAUCAUGUUUUGUGUAUUACCAAUAUCUAAUGGUUCUAUCUUACCCCUUGACCUGCUAUAAAGUAUCUAAUGUCUGUCACCUUGAUCAGAGUAUAGCAGACAUGUUGAAUGUGUGAUUUCAGAUGACAUCACACUAACAGUGGAUGGGAAGGACACAUACGAAGAGGUGAAGAGGUCAGGGAGGUACAGGUGAGAGUGACUCAAGCUGGAAUGAACCUUGAACUAAAGCUGUCAUUAAUAAUAUACACUGAACCAAAAUAUAAACGCAACAUGUAAAUAAAAGAUCCCAGAAAUGUUCCAUACACACAAAAAAGCGUAUACGUUUUACAUCCCUGUUAGUGAGCAUUUCUCCUUUGCCAAGAUAUUCCAUCUACCUGACAGGUGUGGAAUAUCAAGAAGCUGAUUAAAAAGCAUGAUCAUUACACAGGUGCACCUUGUGCUGACACAACACAAUGCCACAGAUGUCUCAAGUUUUGAGGGAGCGUGCAAUAUAUUUUUUAUUUUUUUAUUUUACCUUUAUUUAACUAGGCAAGUCAGUUAAGAACAAAUUCGUAUUUACAAUGACGGCCUACACCGGCCAAACCCGGACGACGCUGGGCCAAUUGUGCGCCGCCCUAUGGGACUCCCAAUCACGGCCGGUUGUGAUACAGCCUGGAAUCGAACCAGGGGGUCUGUAGUGACGCCUGACUGCGGGAAUGUCCACCAGAGUUGUUGCCUAAGAAUUGAAUGUUCAUUUCUCUACCAUAAGCCUCCUCCAAUGUCGUUUUAGAAAAUGUGGCAGUAUGUCCAACCGGCCUCACAACCGCAGACCAUGUGUAUGACGUCGUGUGGGCGAGCAGUUUGCUGAUGACAACAUUAUGAACAGAGUGCCCCAUGGUGGCGGUGGGGUUAUGGUAUGGACAGGCAUAAGCUACAGACAACGAACACAAUUGCAUUUUAACGAUGGCAAUUAGAAUUUUUGGAAACAAGUAAUUUUUUUCAUUUCACUUCACCAAUUUGGACUAUUUUGUGUAUGUCCAUUACAUGAAAUCCAAAUAAGAGUCCGUUUUGAUUACAGGUUGUGGUGCAUCAGGGUGGGAAGGACGCCAAGGGGGAUGAAUGCUUUUGCAAGGCACUGUACGUGUGUGUGUAUAUAUAUAUAUAUAUAUAUAUAUAUAUAUAUAUAUAUACAGUGGAGAGAACAAGUAUUUGAUACACUGCCGAUUUUGCAGGUUUUCCUACUUACAAAGCAUGUGGAGGUCUGUAAUUUUUAUCAUAGGUACACUUCAACUGUGAGAGACGGAAUCUAAAACAAAAAUCCAGAAAAUCACAUUGUAUGAUUUUUAAGUAAUUAAUUUGCAUUUUAUUGCAUGACAUAAGUAUUUGAUCACCUACCAACCAGUAAGAAUUCCAGCUCUCACAGACCUGUUAGUUUUUCUUUAAGAAGCCCUCCUGUUCUCCACUCAUUACCUGUAUUAACUGCACCUGUUUGAACUCGUUACCUGUAUAAAAGACACCUGUCCACACACUCAAUCAAACAGACUCCAACCUCUCCACAAUGGCCAAGACCAGAGAGCUGUGUAAGGACAUCAGGGAUACAAUUGUAGACCUGCACAAGGCUGGGAUGGGCUACAGGACAAUAGACAAGCACCGUAUUGAGGGGAGGAUGGAUGGGGCCAUGUAUCGCGAGAUCUUGGCCAACAACCUCCUUCCCUCAGUAAGAGCAUUGAAGAUGGGUCGUGGCUGGGUCUUCCAGCAUGACAACGACCCGAAACACACAGCCAGGGCAACUAAGGAGUGGCUCCAUAAGAAGCAUCUCAAGGUCCUGGAGUGGCCUAGCCAGUCUCCAGACCUGAACCCAAUAGAACAUCUUUGGAGGGAGCUGAAAGUCCGUAUUGCCCAGCGACAGCCCCGAAACCUGAAGGAUCUGGAGAAGGUCUGUAUGGAGGAGUGGGCCUAAAUCCCUGCUGCAGUGUGUGCAAACCUGGUCAAGACCUACAGGAAACGUAUGAUCUCUGCAAUUGCAAACAAAGGUUUCUGUACCAAAUAUUAAGUUCUGCUUUUCUGAUGUAUCAAAUACUUAUGUCAUGCAAUAAAAUGCAAAUUAAUUACUUAAAAAUCAUACAAUGUGAUUUUCUGGAUUUUUGUUUUAGAUUCCGUCUCUCACAGUUUAAGUGUACAUAUGAUAAAAAUUACAGACCUCUACAUGCUUUGUAAGUAGGAAAACCUGCAAAAUCGGAAGUGUAUCAAAUACUUGUUCUCCCCACUGUAUAUAUAUAUACACACACAGUUGAACUCGGAAGUUUACAGCAGAACGCUUAGGAGUGAGGCUAGUGAUUUAAGGUGAAAAGACCAGAUCAGAAACCCUAAAUCACGUGAAGGAAAUGGAGUUUGCCAAAAGACAAAAACAUGAAAUUGCAUUAAUAAGCUACGGGCAACAUAACUGAAGAUGAAAUCCACAGUUCUUGAUUGAUGUUACUGUUGAUGGCCACCCUGCCACAGUUUGCUGCUAGAAAAGGUUGCCAUUAUUCGAGAUAGAACUGAUUGCAGGGACUGACACGACAUAUCAAGUAAACGGAAAACAUUUUGUUUAUGACGAGAUUAAAUACAAAUGACAUAAAAAUGCCAAGUGAUGAGAGUUCAAGUCAGUAGUAGGUCUAAGGAGGAAAUAUUCCAUUUAAAUCACUGAUGAAUCAAUUGAUAAAAUGAAUAAUGUGCAAAGCACCACUUAAGCAAGGCUACGAUUAUGUAAGCCAACUUAAUAUCAAAUAUAAAUACAGUGGGGAAAAAAAGUAUUUAGUCAGCCACCAAUUGUGCAAGUUCUUCCACUUAAAAAGAUGAGAGAGGCCUGUAAUUUUCAUCAUAGGUACACGUCAACUAUGACAGACAAAUUGAGAAAAAAAAAUCCAGAAAAUCACAUUGUAGGAUUUUUAAUGAAUUUAUUUGCAAAUUAUGGUGGAAAAUAAGUAUUUGGUCACCUACAAACAAGCAAGAUUUCUGGCUCUCACAGACCUGUAACUUCUUCUUUAAGAGGCUCCUCUGUCCUCCACUCGUUACCUGUAUUAAUGGCACCUGUUUGAACUUGUUAUCAGUAUAAAAGACACCUGUCCACAACCUCAAACAGUCACACUCCAAACUCCACUAUGGCCAAGAGCAAAGAGCUGUCAAAGGACACCAGAAACAAAAUUGUAGACCUGCACCAGGCUGGGAAGACUGAAUCUGCAAUAGGUAAUCAGCUUGGUUUUAAGAAAUCAACUGUGGGAGCAAUUAUUAGGAAAUGGAAGACAUACAAGACCACUGAUAAUCUCCCUCGAUCUGGGGCUCCACGCAAGAUCUCACCCCGUGGGGUCAAAAUGAUCACAAGAACGGUGAGCAAAAAUCCCAGAACCACACAGGGGGACCUAGUGAAUGACCUGCAGAGAGCUGGGACCAAAGUAACAAAGCCUACCAUCAGUAACACACUACGCCGCCAGGGACUCAAAUCCUGCAGUGCCAGACAUGUCCCCCUGCUUAAGCCAGUACAUGUCCAGGCCCGUCUGAAGUUUGCUAGAGUGCAUUUGGAUGAUCCAGAAGAGGAUUGGGAGAAUGUCAUAUGGUCAGAUGAAACCAAAAUAUAACUUUUUGGUAAAAACUCAACUCGUCGUGUUUGGAGGACAAAGAAUGCUGAGUUGCAUCCAAAGAACACCAUACCUACUGUGAAGUAUGGGGGUGGAAACAUCAUGCUUUGGGGCUGUUUUUCUGCAAAGGGACCAGGACGACUGAUCCGUGUAAAGGAAAGAAUGAAUGGGGCCAUGUAUCGUGAGAUUUUGAGUGAAAACCUCCUUCCAUCAGCAAGGGCAUUGAAGAUGAAACGUGGCUGGGUCUUUCAGCAUGACAAUGAUCCCAAACACACCGCCCGGGCAACGACGGAGUGGCUUCGUAAGAAGCAUUUCAAGGUCCUGGAGUGGCCUAGCCAGUCUCCAGAUCUCAACCCCAUAGAAAAUCUUUGGAGGGAGUUGAAAGUCUGUGUUGCCCAGCGACAGCCCCAAAACAUCACUGCUCUAGAGGAGAUCUGCAUGGAGGAAUGGGCCAAAAUACCAGCAACAGUGUGUGAAAACCUUGUGAAGACUUACAGAAAAUGUUUGACCUGUGUCAUUGCCAACAAAGGGUAUAUAACAAAGUAUUGAGAAACUUUUGUUAUUGACCAAAUACUUAUUUUCCACCAUAAUUUGCAAAUAAAUUCAUAAAAAAUCCUACAAUGUGAUUUUCUGGAUUUUUUUCCCUCAUUUUGUCUGUCAUAGUUGACGUGUACCUAUGAUGAAAAUUACAGGCCUCUCUCAUCUUUUUAAGUGGGAGAACUUGCACAAUUGGUGGCUGACUAAAUACUUUUUUUCCCCACUGUAACUAGCUUACAGACUUAUGAAACCUGUGGUCUCUGAUUAUUAUGCGAUACCAAUUUACGAUUUCUGCGAUGGAUUGUCGGAGAGGCCGUUCGACGAGCUCUCGAGUUCACCUUAGUAGAGUCCACUCCUAUGCAACCAAGUAGCUCUGAACAGCACAGCUGUAGAUCAUUGAACAGGAGUUCUCGGCACGACCAUGGAUGACGCUCCAGUGUUAUAUGGCGUUCCAUACGUUGAGCCACUAUCAACAGCAUAGAUUCUCCCUUGUCCCUGUAGAGGAUAGCUAAAUUGCAAAAUAAAGUUUGACACAAGACAUCAUGUUAUUUAGCAAACAGACAUAUUAAAGCGGCAAUAUGUAACUUUUUGGGCGACCCUACCAAAUGCACAUGGAAAUGUGAGUAAUAUAUCUGUUAUUCUCAUUGAAAGCAAGUCUAAGAAACGGUACAUCUGUUCUAUGUGCACUAUUCCUAUGCUUCCCGUUCUUAAGUUUAGUUUUUGCAUCUUUUACUUUCGGUUUUGAACAACAGCUUCAAACAGCUGAAAAUACAAUAUGUUUGGUUACUGAACAGAUAUUUCACUGGGGUUUAGAUGGUACAAUGAUUGUCUACACAUUGCUUGUUUUGUCACAAACUCAAAUUUGGCGAACCAUUCGAAUUUGAGCAACCUGGAAAUGGCGGAGACAAGACAACAAACAUAUUGUUUACCUGACAGGCCUAGUGGGUCUGAAAAUGCCCUGGGGACUAUGCGUAAACGUGCAUUUACAAUGCUCCAUCCGUAUCUAAGUGAAUUAAUUUAUAUUAACAUGGAAUGACGGCAGCAUGAUGGGGCAAUCAAAAUGCCGCCAGGGACAUGCGAUGCAGUGAUGAGAAACUAAAAUAGGUUACAGUGAUACUUAAGUGGCAAGUAGUCUUAGUGGUUAAGAGCGUUGUGCCAGUAACCGAAAGGUCGCUGGUUCUAAUCCACGUGCCGACUAGGUGAAAAAUCUGUCGAUGUGCCCUUGAGCAAGGCACUUAACCCUAAUUGCUCCUGUAAGUCUCUCUGGAUAAGAGCGUCUGCUAAAUGACUAAAAUGUCAAAUGUAAUGAACAGCGAUACCGUGACGAGAUCCUGAGGCCCAUUGUCGUGCCAUUAAUCCGACGCCAUCACCUCAUGUUUCAGCAUGAUAAUGCACAGCCCCAUGUCGCAAGGAUCUGUACACAAUUCCUGAAAGCCGAAAAUGUCCCAGUUCUUCCAUGGCCUGCAUACUCACCAGACAUGUCACCCAUUGAGCAUGUUUGGGAUGCUCUGGAUCGACGUGUACGACAGCGUGUUCCAGUUCCCGACAAUAUCCAGCAACUUCGCAAAGCCAUUGAAGAGGAGUGGGACAACAUUCCACAGGCCACAAUCAACAGCCGCAUGAGGCAAAUGGGACCAACAGAUGCAUAUCUGUAUUCCCAGCCAUGUGAAACCCAUAGAUUAGGGCGUAAUUAAGUUAUUUAAAUUGACUGAUUUUCUUAUAUGAAAUGUAACUCAGUAAAAUCUUUGAAAUUGUUACAUGUUGCCUUUAUAUUUUUGUUCACUAUAUUAUAUAUUCAUUUAAUACAUUAUUGUAUUAUUAUAUUAUUAUUGCUGUUGUUAUGCUCUGUCUACAAUUCUACAAUUUUGUGUCAUGGCUUGGUGUUGUUCCAGGGAGUGCAAGCGAACCCAGGGAGUUUCUACCACAGACCUGGUUGGUCGUAUGCUCCUGAUGACCAAAGCACACCACAGCAACAUAGUGAGUAUAGCAACCCCUCAAAGGCUACCAUAGUGAGUAUAGCAACACCUCAUAGGCUACCAUAGUGAGUAUAGCAACACCUCAUAGGCUACCAUAGUGAGUAUACCAACACCUCAUAGGCUACCAUAGUGAGUAUAGCAACCCCUCAUACAGUGGGGAAAAAAAGUAUUUAGUCAGCCACCAAUUGUGCAAGUUCUCCCACUUAAAAAUAUGAGAGAGGCCUGUAAUUUUCAUCAUAGGUACACGUCAACUAUGACAGACAAAUUGAGAUUUUUUUUCUCCAGAAAAUCACAUUGUAGGAUUUUUAAUGAAUUUAUUUGCAAAUUAUGGUGGAAAAUAAGUAUUUGGUCACCUACAAACAAGCAAGAUUUCUGGCUCUCACAGACCUGUAACUUCUUCUUUAAGAGGCUCCUCUGUCCUCCACUCGUUACCUGUAUUAAUGGCACCUGUUUCAACUUGUUAUCAGUAUAAAAGACACCUGUCCACAACCUCAAACAGUCACACUCCAAACUCCACUAUGGCCAAGACCAAAGAGCUGUCAAAGGACACCAGAAACAAAAUUGUAGACCUGCACCAGGCUGGGAAGACUGAAUCUGCAAUAGGUAAGCAGCUUGGUUUGAAGAAAUCAACUGUGGGAGCAAUUAUUAGGAAAUGGAAGACAUACAAGACCACUGAUAAUCUCCCUCGAUCUGGGGCUCCACGCAAGAUCUCACCCCAUGGGGUCAAAAUGAUCAAAAGAACGGUGAGCAAAAAUCCCAGAAUCACACGGGGGGACCUAGUGAAUGACCUGCAGAGAGCUGGGACCAAAGUAACAAAGCCUACCAUCAGUAACACACUACGCUGCCAGGGACUCAAAUCCUGCAGUGCAAGACAUGUCCCCCUGCUUAAGCCAGUACAUGUCCAGGCCCGUCUGAAGUUUGCUAGAGUGCAUUUGGAUGAUCCAGAAGAGGAUUGGGAGAAUGUCAUAUGGUCAGAUGAAACCAAAAUAGAACUUUUUGGUAAAAACUCAACUCGUCGUGUUUGGAGGACAAAGAAUGCUGAGUUGCAUCCAAAGAACACCAUACCUACUGUGAAGCAUGGGGGUGGAAACAUCAUGCUUUGGGGCUGUUUUUCUGCAAAGGGACCAGGACGACUGAUCCGUGUAAAGGAAAGAAUGAAUGGGGCCAUGUAUCGUGAGAUUUUGAGUGAAAACCUCCUUCCAUCAGCAAGGGCAUUGAAGAUGAAACGUGGCUGGGUCUUUCAGCAUGACAAUGAUCCCAAACACACCGCCCGGGCAACGAAGGAGUGGCUUCGUAAGAAGCAUUUCAAGGUCCUGGAGUGGCCUAGCCAGUCUCCAGAUCUCAACCCCAUAGAAAGUCUUUGGAGGGAGUUGAAAGUCUGUGUUGCCCAGUGACAGCCCCAAAACAUCACUGCUCUAGAGGAGAUCUGCAUGGAGGAAUGGGCCAAAAUACCAGCAACAGUGUGUGAAAACCUUGUGAAGACUUACAGAAAACGUUUGACCUGUGUCAUUGCCAACAAAGGGUAUAUAACAAAGUAUUGAGAAACUUUUGUUAUUGACCAAAUACUUAUUUUCCACCAUAAUUUGCAAAUAAAUUCAUUAAAAAUCCUACAAUGUGAUUUUCUGGAUUUUUUUUUCUCAUUUUGUCUGUCAUAGUUGACGUGUACCUAUGAUGAAAAUUACAGGCCUGUCUCAUCUUUUUAAGUGGGAGAACUUGCACAAUUGGUGGCUGACUAAAUACUUUUUUCCCCCACUGUAUAUGUUACCAUAGUGAGUAUAGCAACACCUCAUAGGCUACCAUAGUGAGUAUAGCAACCCCUCAUUGGUUACCAUAGUGAGUAUAGCAACCCCUCAUUGGUUACCAUAGUGAGUAUAGCAACCCCUCAUAGGCUACCAUAGUGAGUAUAGAAACCCCUCAUUAGUUACCAUAGUGAGUAUAGCAACCCCUCAAAGGCUACCAUUGUGAGUAUAGCAAACCCUUAUAGGCUACAAUAGGACCAUGAGUUCUUCUUCCACUUCAGUUGAAUUUCCACUUAGUCUCCUAUUGACAUCAAUGCAUCACUAAGUGAAAAUGUAGAAGUUAUGAUUUGCUCCUAUCUGUCAUGUCUCUUAGCUCCUAUUGUUACCGUUGAAUAAUAGAUGAACUCAUGCCUGUUUUCUCUCCUGUGUCCCCCUCAGGGCCAUUCAGACUAUCAACAGCACACAGACAACUUUGGGAAGGUAGGUCCCAUGUCUACUCUCAUACAAGUACAACUUUAAGAAAUGUUUGGCUGGUGCCAAGUGAUAUCUUUAAAAAUAUCACUCUGUGAUAUGUACAGCUGUUUUUGAUCAUUUAAAUGACGAACAGCCCUUUAAAAAUCAGAGUGCACUUGACCAUAGCAACCGCUUUGUAAUGGUCUACUAUGUGUCCAAAUCCUGGGUAGACUCUUCUCUGACACAACUCCCCCCCCCCAACUCUCGCCAACUCUCUCUGAAACAAAGGGCGUUAUUGUGGUGCCCAGUUGAUAAUCAAAACUGUGGGCCGGGCCAGUUGGUAAUGACUACCACCUCUGUUCCCUCUGAAUGCAGAAACUGACCAGAGGAUCUACAUUUUAACAACGUUUGGAUUCUAAAUGGGGGUGGGAAAGAGAAUGGUACUUUAGAAUGAUCACCGUUACAUAACAAGGGUUGUAUUUUUCAAACGUUGAAAGAGAGAGAAAAAUACAUGUAUUUGGCCAGUGUUGAAUAAAUGUGUUGGGGGGCUCUGACGGACAUUGAGAUAUACCUCAGAGUGCCGACUGACUGGCUACUGGAUGUCCAAGAAGAGGGAUCUCAGAUGGUGUUUUACUCAUUUGGCCACUGGGUGGCGAAGUGUGAUCAUCUUCUCCUAUGAGAAAUUACCAUAGUGAAUAUUGAAUACCAACUUUGAAUACCAAAUGCUAUAGGAUUUGAAUAAGUCAAGCUGCCACAUACUGUGUGUGGUGUUCCCUUUCUGCCCAAUGAACUCAUUUAUGGACAAUACAUUUGGCUCAAGAACUCCCUCAGAGGUUCCAGCUGUAUUGCCUCUGAAUGGAAUAUCAUACAGCAUCAUCUAUUACUCAGUGUAAUGAUAUCAUUCAUUGCUGGCUUGGAAUUAACAUUUAGUCGUGGUUUGUCAAGUGUUACAAUGUAUUUAUUUGUGCUCUUUGUGCAUUAUGGGUGUUGCAGGGUCCGAAGGGCCAUAGUCCAUGGACGGGAGUGUCCCAGUUCCUCCAGACAUCCCAGAAGAUCAUCCAGUUUGCCUCAGGACAGGAGCCUCAGCCUGGGGACACCAUCAUCUAUGUGGCUGGAGCCUUCGACCUCUUCCGUAUCCUCUGUCUGGUGGCUCCAUGAAUGCACUACUUUCACUGUGUUUGAUAUCAUUCCAUUCAUUGCAUUCCAGCUUUUACUCCCUCCAGCAGCCUCCUCAUAUCUACCAUGUCUAUGGCCAGGAGCCUUUCCUGACCAUGUCUAUAAUAUGAUGUGAGUUGAUACAGGUAACUGCCAAAAUAAAGGAAACACCAACAUAAAGUGUCUUAAUAGGGUGUUGGGCCACCACGAGCCAGAACAGCUUCAAUGUGCCUUGGCAUCCAUUCUACAAGUGUCUGGAACUCUAUUAGAGGGAUGCGACACCAUUCUUCCACAAGAAAUUCCAUCAUUUGUUGUUUUGUUGAUGGUGGUGGAAAACACUGUCUCAAGCGCCGAUCCAGAAUCUUCCAUAAGUGUUAAAUUGGGUUGAGAUCUGGUGACUGAGACGGCCAUCGCAUAUGGUUUACAUCGUUUUCAUGCUCAUCAAACCAUUCAGUGACCACUCGUGGAAAUAUACUUUGUAUCCCUCAUUUACUCAAGUGUUUCCUUUAUUUUGGCAGUUACAUGUACAUAAGAAUGGUUUGACUUGUAACUAAGGCCUUCUUUGACGGCUUUGAAGGCCCUGGUGGUAGGAUACAUCAAUGUCAGGUGACUCUAUACACUCAUAUCUACCAUGUUAGGGCAAGGAGUUUUUAUUUUCUGACCAUGUGACUUGACCAAGAAAAACUGGGCCAUAGAAAGACAAACACCCCUAAUGCUACCUAGCUGCACUACAAUUAUGUGAUUUAGAUGUUCUAUUUUUCUAUAACUAGCUGGUCCUGUGGUCAGCUAAAACACCUGGGCCCAGUCAUCUACAGUAUGCGGAGAGGUUUGAGAUUAUAGACUGGGCUCAGAGGCCUAGUUCAUAGAUACUAUAGUUGUUGUUGUUGCUGUUGUCAGCCUUGACCACUGUCUUCUCAGAUAUCGGCCAUGUGGACUUCCUGGAGGCAGUUUCCAAGCUCUCAGACAAGCCAUAUGUUAUAGUGGGGUUACACUUUGACCAGGUGAGUCAGACAAGCCAUAUGUUAUAGUGGGGUUACACUUUGACCAGGUGAGUCAGACAAGCCAUAUGUUAAAGUGGGGUUACACUUUGACCAGGUGAGUCAGACAAGCCAUAUGUUAUAGUGGGGUUACACUUUGACCAGGUGAGUCAGACAAGCCAUAUGUUAUAGUGGGGUUACACUUUGACCAGGUGAGUCAGACAAGCCAUAUGUUAUAGUGGGGUUACACUUUGACCAGGCGAGUCAGACAAGCCAUAUGUUAAAGUGGGGUUACACUUUGACCAGGUGAGUCAGACAAGCCAUAUGUUUAUAGUGGGGUUACACUUUGACCGGUGAGUCCAGACAAGCCAUAAUGUUAUAGUGGGGUUACACUUUGACCAGGUGAGUCAGACAAGCCAUAUGGUUAUAGUGGGGUUACACUUUGACCAGGCGAGUCAGACAGCCAAAUGUUAAAGUGGGUUACACUUUGACAGGUGAGUGCAGACAAGCCAUAUGUUAGUGGGUUACACUUUGACCAGGUUGAGUCAGACAAGCCAUAUGUUAUAGUGGGGUUUACACUUUGACCAGUGAGUCAGACAACCAUAGUUAUAGUGGGGUUACACUUUGACCAGGUGAGUCAGACAAGCCAUAUGUUAUAUUGGGGUUACACUUUGACCAGGUGAGUCAGACAAGCCAUAUGUUAUAGUGGGGUAACAAUUAAGUACCUUACUGUAAUAAUUGUCCAUUAAAAUUGACAAAAAUAGCUUUUUUAGCAAAAAACUAUUUCUCAAGCAAGAAUUUUGCAAGGACUGACUAGGAGUGAUCUGAGUGGGGAGGGGAAACUUAAAACUAGCUGUUAUUGGCAGAGAGGUUUGGAAAUCUCUUUGUUAUUGGUCUAUUAACCAAUUUACCGCCUGGUGAUGUCACCAGCCAAGCCGAAACCCCCGCCCAUGCAAACAGAUUGUAUUUUCAACCAGAAACUAUCAGGAAAUAACACUGAUUUAAAAAAUGGGCCUUUAAUCUGAAAGCAGGUUAUGGGCAUUUCGGCUUUCAAAGGCAAUGUUCCCACGUUCACGGUGAUCCCAUUCACGGUAAACGCUGCAUAUGUCGGCUUACUCUGAAAUUGCCUUUAAAAACCGCAAUGCCUGUAACCAACCCACAGUCAAAUUAAGUCCUGGCCUUAAUAGUGGAGAUUUGCUUAAUCUUAUUCUUACUUUUGGAUUUUGUGUGUAUUUUUCAGGAGGUGAAUCGCUACAAAGGGAAGAAUUACCCAAUCAUGAAUGUCCAUGAGAGAACACUCAGUGUGCUGGCCUGUCGAGUAAGUUCGCUCUCCUCGUAACAGAUACUGUACAUCUCUUUCAUAAAAGAUACUGUACAUCUCUUUCAUAAAAGAGAUACUGUACAUCUCUUUCAUAUAGAUACUGUACAUCUCUUCAUAAAAGAGAUACUGUAGCAUCUCUUUCAUAAUAGAUACGGUACAUCUUCUUCAUAAUAAGUACGGUACCAUCCCUCUUUCAUAAGAGAUACUGUAAUCUCUUUCCAUAAUAGAUUACUGUAACAUCUCUUUCAUAAGAGAUACUGUAGCACUCUUCAUAAUAGAUACUGUACAUCUCUUAUUCAUAAUAGAAUACCUGUACAUCGCUUUCAUAAAGAGAUACUGUACCUUUAAUAAGAGACUGUACAUCUCUGUCAUAAGAGAUACGGGUACAUCUCUUUCAUAAUUAGAUACUGUACAUCUCUUUCAUAAGAGAUACUGUAACAUCUCUUUUUAUAAGAGAUACUGUAACAUCUCUUUAUAAGAGAUACUGUACAUCUCCUUUCAUAGAGAUACUGUACAUCUCGUUUCAAAGAGAUACUGUACAUCUCUUUCAUAAGAGAUACUGUACACCUUUAAAGAGAUACUGUAGCAUCUCGUUCAUAAGAGAUUACGGUAACCAAUCUCUUUCAAUAAGAGAUACUGUACAUCUCUUUUCAUAAUAGAUACUGUACAUCUCUUUCAUAAGAGAUACUGUACAUCUCUUUUAUAAGAGAUACUGUACAUCUCUUUCAUAAGAUAUACUGUACAUCUCUUUCAUAAGAGAUACUGUACAUCUCUUUCAUAAGAGAUACUGUACAUCUCUUUCAUAAGAGAUACUGUACAUCUCUUUUAUAAGAGAUACUGUACAUCUCUUUCAUAAGAGAUACUGUACAUCUCUUUCAUAAGAGAUACUGUACAUCUCUUUCAUAAGAGAUACUGUACAUCUCUUCAUAAGAGUACUGUACAUCUCUUUCAUAAGAGAUACUGUACAUCUCUUUCAUAAGAGAUACUGUACAUCUCUUUCAUAAGAGAUACUGUACAUCUCUUUCAUAAGAGAUACUGUACAUCUCUUUCAUAAGAGAUACUGUACAUCUCUUUCAAAAGAGAUACUGUACAUCUCUUUUAUAAGAGUCGUUUUGUAAAUAGUGUGUAUGCAGGUCUCCCUUGUGAAAGAGACCUUGGUCUCAAUGGGACUCCCAGUUAAAGUAAAAUAAUGAGCAGAAGUGAUGAGUGGAUGAAUCUAACAUGUUCUGUUCUGUCGCUGUCUGCAGUAUGUCUCUGAGGUGGUGAUCGGUGCGCCCUAUGCAGUCACAAGAGACUUACUGGACCACUUCAAGGUAAGGGCUCAAGACACUACACUUGUUCUGCAGAGCCAUUUGAACCAGGCUGAGCAUGCUAACGUUUGUGGACACUCCAUUGGUAACUAUCUACAGUGGGUUAGUGUUAGGUCUCACCCUGCAUGGUAUCUACAGUGGGUUAGUGUUGGGUCUCACCCUGCAUGGUAUCUACAGUGGGUUAGUGUUGGGUCUCACCCUGCAUGGUAUCUACAGUGGGUUAGUGUUGGGUCUCACCCUGCAUGGUAUCUACAGUGGGUUAGUGUUGGGUCUCACCCUGCAUGGUAUCUACAGUGGGUUAGUGUUGAGUCUCACCCUACAUGGUCCACCUACAGUGGGUUAGUUUGGAUCUCACCCUGCAUAUUAUCUACAGUGGGUUAGUGUUGGUCUCACCCUACACGAUCCAUCUACAGUGGGUUAGUGUUGGUCUCACCCUGCAUAUUAUCUACAGUGGGUUAGUGUUGGGUCUCACCCUACAUGAUCCAUCUACAGUGGGUUAGUGUUGGGUCUCAUCCUGCAUGGUAUCUACAGUGGGUUAGUGUUGGGUCUCAUCCUGCAUGGUCUGCCUCUGCAGGUGGACCUUGUGUGUCAUGGGAAGACAGAGGUGCAUCCUGACAAAGACGGGUCUGACCCCUAUGCCGUAAGUACCCUGCGUAGUUUUCUGACACAUAACUCUCUGUUACUAAAAAACAAUGUGCUGGUGCACUCCAAUUGAUAAAAAAACUAUAAGGCCAUGGGGACUUGGUAUAAGGUGCUCUUUGAAAGGGAAGUCUAUGACUGGUAGAAAACCAAAGGGGAUAAUGGCCAUCACUUAUUUUUUAUUUUUUAUUUUUUUAUUUAACCUUUAUUUAACCAGGUAAGCCAGUUGAGAACAAGUUCUCAUUUACAACUGCGACCUGGCCAAGAUAAAGCAAAGCAGUGCGAUAAAAACAACAACACAGAGUUACAUAUGGAAUAAACAAAACGUACAGUUAAUAACGCAAUAGAAAAUCUAUAUACAGUGUGUGCAAAUGUAGUACGUUAUGGAGGUAAGACAAUAAAUAGGCCAUAGUGCAAAAUAAUUACAAUUAGGAUUAACACUGGAAUGAUACAGUGAGGGAAAAAAGUAUUUGAUCCCCUGCUGAUUUUGUACGUUUUCCCACUGACAAAGACAUGAUCCGUCUAUAAUUUUAAUUGUAGGUUUAUUUGAACAGUGAGAGACAGAAUAACAACAACAAAAUCUAAAAAAAUGCAUGUCAAAAAUGUUAUACAUUGAUUUGCAUUUUAAUGAGGGAAAUAAGUAAUUGACCCCUCUGCAAAACAUGAUUUAGUACUUGGUGGCAAAACCCUUGUUGGCAAUCACAGAGGUCAGACGUUUCUUGUAGUUGGCCACCAGGUUUGCACACAUCUCAGGAGAGAUUUUGUCCAACUCUUCUUUGCAGAUCUUCUCCAAGUCAUUAAGGUUUCGAGGCUGACGUUUGGCAACUCGAACCUUCAGCUCCCUCCACAGAUUUUCUAUGGGAUUAAGGUCUGGAGACUGGCUAGGCCACUCCAGGACCUUAAUGUGCCUCUUCUUGAGCCACUCCUUUGUUGCCUUGGCCGUGAGUUUUGGGUCAUUGUCAUGCUGGAAUACCCAUCCACGACCCAUUUUCAAUGCCCUGGCUGAGGGAAGGAGGAUCUCACCCAAGAUAUGACGGUACAUGGCCCCGUCCAUCGUCCCUUUGAUGCAGUGAAGUUGUCCUGUCCCCUUAGCAGAAAAACACCCCCAAAGCAUAAUGUUUCCACCUCCAUGUUUGACGGUGGGGAUGGUGUUUUUGGGGUCAUAGGCAGCAUUCCUCCUCCUCCAAACACAGCGAGUUGAGUUGAUGCCAAAGAGCUCGAUUUUGGUCUCAUCUGACCACAACACUUUCACCCAGUUCUCCUCUGAAUCAUUCAGAUGUUCAUUGGCAAACUUCAGACGGGCCUGUAUAUGUGCUUUCUUGAGCAGGGGGACCUUGCGGGCGCUGCAGGAUUUCAGUCCUUCACGGCGUAGUGUGUUACCAAUUGUUUUCUUGCUGACUAUGUUCCCAGCUGCCUUGAGAUCAUUGACAAGAUCCUCCAGUGUAGUUCUGGGCUGUUUCCUCACCGUUCUCAUGAUUAUUGCAACUCCACGAGGUGAGAUCUUGCAUGGAGCCCCAGGCCGAGGGAGAUUGACAGUUAUUUUGUGUUUCUUCCAUUUGCGAAUAAUCGCACCAACUGUUGUCACCUUCUCACCAAGCUGCUUGGCGAUGGUCUUGUAGCCCAUUCCAGCGUUGUGUAGGUCUACAAUCUUGUCCCUGACAUCCUUGGAGAGCUCUUUGGUCAUGGCCAUGGUGGAGAGUUUGGAAUCUGAUUGAUUGAUUGCUUCUGUGGACAGAUGUAUUUUAUACAGGUAACAAGCUGUGAUUAGGAGCACUCCCUUUAAGAGUGUGCUCCUAAUCUCAGCUCGUUACCUGUAUAAAAUAAACCUGGGAGCCUGAAAUCUUUCUGAUUGAGAGGGGGUCAAAUACUUAUUUCCCUCAUUAAAAUGCAAAUCAAUUUAUAACAUUUUUUACAUGCGUUUUUCUCGACUUUUUUUUGUUAUUCUGUCUCUCACUGUUCAAAUGAACCUACCAUUAAGAUUAUAGACUGAUCAUUUCUUUGUCAGUGGGCAAACGUACAAAAUCAGCAGGGGAUCAAAUACUUUUUACCCUCACUGUAGAUGUGCAAGAGAUGUGCAAAUAGAGAUACUGGGGUGCAAAUGAGCAAAAUAAAUAACAAUAUGGGGAUGAGGUAGUUGGGUGAGCUAAUUUCAGAUGGGCUGUGUACAGGUGCAGUGAUCGGUAAGGUGCUCUGACAACUGAUGCUUAAAGUAAGUGAGGGAGAUAAGAGUCUCCAGCUUCAGAGAUUUUUGCAAUUCGUUCCAGUCAUUGGCAGCAGAGAACUCGAAGGAAUGGCGGCCAAAGGAGGUGUUAGUUAACUUAGUUAACGAAAUUUUUUUUAAAAUUAAUCGUGGGGCUUACUUUUCCCAUCAAGGCAAUCUCGCAGAAAAACAGAGGGAUGAACUUAUUAAUUUAAAAAGUAUUUGUUACUUGGUUACAUAGUGGUUACAAUGAAUUUGGAAGACUAAUAUAAUAUACAGUAUAAUAUGUAAUAAUAUAUGCCAUUUAGCAAACACUUUUAUCCAAAGCGUGCAAUGUCUAAGUGAAUGUUUAAGUGUGGACUGUGUUUCUCUAAAUGCAGCAGCCCAGGAGGAAAGGAAUACUGCACACUGUGGACAGUAUGAACAGCCUCACCACUGAUGACAUUGUUCAGAGGAUCAUCAAAAACAGGUAAGGGCAGGAAGAAGUGAGACAACCUGGUAUGUCCUGUAGCCAGCUAGAGAGAUUAGAGAACUGAAAUAUCUCUGUAGUUUCAAUGAUGCUAAGGUCAUGUCAUCAUGAUAAUAUCGCUGUAGUUUCAAUGACGCUAAGGUCACGUCAUCAUGAUAAUAUCUCUGUAGUUUCAAUGAUGCUAAGGUCACGUCAUCAUGAUAAUAUCUCUGUAGUUUCAAUGAUGCUAAGGUCACGUCAUCAUGAUAAUAUCUCUGUAGUUUAAAUGAUGCUAAGGUCACGUCAUCAUGAUAAUAUCUAUGUAGUUUCAAUGAUGCCAAGGUCACGUCAUCAUGAUAAUAUCUCUGUAGUUUCAAUGAUGCUAAGGUCACGUCAUCAUGAUAAUAUCUCUGUAGUUUCAAUGAUGCUAAGGUCACGUCAUCAUGAUAAAAUCUCUGUAGUUUCAAUGAUGCUAAGGUCACGUCAUCAUGAUAAUAUCUCUGUAGUUUCAAUGAUGCUAAGGUCACGUCAUCAUGAUAAAAUCUCUGUAGCUUCAAUGAUGCUAAGGUCACGUCAUCAUGAUAAUAUUGGGGAAAAGUCAAGAAAGUCACAUACUAUAUUACUCCCAGUAACCUUUCUCUACUUUGUAAGUGUAUGAACCAUUUGUCUGAACCUGCACAGCGUUUUGGGUGUGCGUCUUCAGCUCCCACUUUAGAUAUAAUAAUAAUGUAUGCCAUUUAGCAGAAUCUUUAUCCAAAGCGACUUACAGUCAUGCGUGCAUAAAUGUUACGUACAGGUGGUCCCAGGAAUCGAACCCAUUAUCCUGGCGUUGCAAGAAUCACGCUCUACCAAGACAUUAAAAUUAUACUAUACUCGAAAUCACAGAAGUGUAAAUAUGCCAUGCUUUACUAUGAUGGUUUUAACUAAUAGCCCUCUGCAUACUAUUGAAACCUCCCCUCUGUGUCCCCUGUGAUGCAGGCUGCUGUUCGAGGCCAGGAACCAGAAGAAAGAGGCCAAAGAGAUGGCUAUGAUCCAGGCCAUGAAGAGGCGAGAGGAGGAGAAGAGCAAGGAGAGAGCCCAGGCUGUGCUGUAGGACGACAGGCCCGAAGGAGCACUCCCAACACCGAGGAACCAUUGCCCACCCACAGGGUCAAUCUGAGACUGACUAAACCCAAUACAUCUAACCCCCACCACCAAUGCAGCACAGUCAACCCACCUCCCCUGUGUUCCAAACUCCCAACCAACACCCUCCAGGUCACACACUGUCCUUACCAACAGCCGGCCCCGACAGACAGCAUGCCUUUGUUUACAACAUGCAGUAUUCUUACAAUGGGAGUUCUGUUGUAGGUUCGACAUGGUAAUGUGUUAGGUGAGGAUGUUUUCUUUGUCUUAAUACAGGAUGUAUGCAUUUACAUGUCCUUUAUUUCUUAUGGUUUGACGGACCACCCAAACAGUAUAGAUCUCUCACUAUCUACCCUUCCCUCACUGAGUUAUAACCAGACAAGGAACCAGAAG